AUGUUGCGAGGCCUAUUAGGUCUCGCAACGGAAGGCGGAGCGGGAGCAGGCGGAGGAGGAGGAGGAGGAGGAGAAGGGACUGAUGUUCAACAAUCGAAAGGAGGAUCGUUGGAGUUGAACGGGAAGGGAGCGCUUGCGCCGGAGAUUCACGCGUGCUUGGGUCGCCUUGAAGCGAGGUUUGGCGGAGGGAGGACGGCGGUUGAGGCGAUUGAACAAUGGGUGAAUUCUCAGGUGGAGAAUAAGGUGUCAGGAUCGGUGCCAAGUGGUGGGGAACGGCUGGACAAGGUGAGCGCCCCGACAGCUGUUGGUGUGGUUGACGGGGCGAGCGAAGCAGGCGAAGUCGAACGAGCUGUGAUUGCGGAAGCUGUAUCAGCCACCGGCGAAAACUGGUUACCAGGUAAACUGGCGGCUGGUUCGCUUGAGAAGCAACAGGCGCAAUCAAAGGUCGGUCUUGCUCGGGGCCUGGAGCCCUGGGCUGGUACUAACGGGGAUGCUCUUAAAGGAGCGCUGCUGCAACUCUUGGAGAAGGAAGAGGCGCGGCUGGAGGGAGGCAUCCAACGGCUAGAAAUCGAUUCCGAGCGUAAGAUCUGCGAUCUGAGGGAGGAGAUGGAGCGAGCGGUGAGCGGCGAGGGGAGGAAGCGGGAAGCUGAGCUGGACCGGAUGGUGAAUCUGCUUAUAACGGAGGCGGCGCACAGGCAACAGCUGGAAGAGGAGAUUAAAGCCGUGCAGGAGCAGUGGGCGAAGAAACUCGAGGAGGCACGGGCGCAGCAGCAGGCGCAGCAGCUAGAGGAAAUGGCAAGGGUGAGGAGAGAGAUGGAGGAGAUUAGGGAGCAAUGGCGGGCGCAGCAGGAGCAAGCGAACGACGCGCUGAGGGCAGAGAAGGAAGCGGUGAGGAAACAGAUGGAGCAGAUGCGCGAGGAGUGGCGCGUGCAGCAGGCUCAGGCAAACGAGGCUUUAAUUGGUCCUAUGGAGGAGAUUCGUGAGGAGUGGAGAGCUGCGGGCCUGGGCGGGAGGGUGAAAAGCCUGGAGGAGCGGCUGGACGGGGUGGAGAGCGGUGAGCAUGACAUGGAGAGCCGGAUUUUGCAGAAGGUGUCUGAAAUGAGGGUAGAGGCUGGGCUGGAGGUGGAUAGGGUUGAGAAGAUCGUUAGUGAGAAGGUGGAUGGGCUGAAACAGGAGCUGGACGGGAGGAUUGAGGGGAGUCAGCAGAAGGUAGAGCAGUUGGAGGAGCUUUGGAUGGGUGCGGAUGUGCCUGGGAUGGUUGCGCGGAUUGAAACGGGGGUGAAGUGUAAUAAGAUUGUGAUUGAAGCGGUGGAUAGGCGCGUGAGGGAGCAGGCGGAGGGGCAGGAGAGGUUAAUGGAGGAGGCGGAGAGGAAAGCGAGGAUGGUUGAGGAGAGUGUGGAGGAGAGAGUGAGAAAGGUGGAGGAGAGUGUGGGGGAGAGAGUGGGUAAGGUAGAGGAGAAUGUGAAGAAAAUAGAGGAGAGUGUGGGAGAGAGAGUGAGGAAGCUUGAGGAGAGUGUGGGAGAGAAGGUGGUGAAAUUAGAAGAGGGUAUGGAGGAGAGGGCUAAGAGGGUGGAAGAGAGUGUGAUGGCGGGAGUGAGGAAUCUAGAGGAGGUGGUUAAGGAGGUGGAGAAACUUGAAGAGAAGAGCGUUGAGGAGAGAGUGGGGGAGGUGGCGGGGAGUGUUGAGGAGCGUGUGAAAGAAAUUGAAGGGAAAUUAGAAGAUAGGCUGAAGAAGGUAGAGGAGAGUGUGGAGGAGAGAGUGAGAAAGAUUGAGGAGAGUGUGGGGGAAAGCGUGAGGAAGGUGGAGGGUGUGGAGAAGGUGGGGGAAGCAGAGAAUGGUAUAGAGGAGAGGGUGAAAGGAGCAGAAGCGAGUGUGGAGGAGCGAGUGGGGAGACUGGAGGGGAGUGUGGCGGAGAGUGUGAGGGAGCUGAGGGGGGAGAUCAACGCUGUGGGACAGCAGGCUGCGGAGGUGGGGAGAGUGGUGUUGGAAAUUAGCAAGGCGGUUGCAGAGCAGGUACGAGUGGGGAGGUUGGGGGGGAGUGCGGAGGGGGCUGUGGAGGAGAGUGUGAGGGAGCUGAAGGGGGAGAUAGACGCCGUUGGGAGGCAGGCUGCGGAGGUGGGGAGAGUGGUGUUGGAAAUCAGCAAGGCGAUCAGCAGCAAGAUUAGCAACGAGGUUGCAGCAACAGCAAGCGAGGGGGUGGAGGGGAGUGGACUUCUGGCGGAGGUGGUUCUGAUUGGUCGGGAGGUGGCGAGUGUGGGAGCAGCAAUAGCUGCGGGUGUUAAGGAGCAAGAGGGGAGGAAGGAGGAGGUUAAGUGUCUAGAGGACGUGGUGCUGAUUGGUCGAGAAGUGGCCCGGGUGGCAGCAGAAAUUGCCAAGGGUGGAAAAGAACAGAUGAGCGGAAUCAAAUCUGAGGAGGAGAUCAGAUCUCUGAUUGCAGCUGAGCUGGCAGCUGCUGGUGUGGUGCAGCAGCAGCAGCAGCCGGCAGAAGCAGCAGCAGCAGCCUUGGACGAAGCUUCCAAGAAGGUGGAGCACCUGCAGAAGCUCCUGGAAGAGCAGCAGAACAAGGCUGACGCGGCAGCUGCUGACGUGGCAUCCACGAUCCAACAGCUUUCAGAUAAAAUCUCCGCGUUGGAGCUGAAGCAGGCGCAGACCACGUCAGCAGCAGCAUCAGCCGCGUCAGCAGCGUCAGCCGCUGUUGCAGUGACCCACGCUGCGUUCCCCCGUGCUGCCUCCGUAGGGGCGAGUGUUCUGACCUCCCCUGGAGGCCCUAAGACAAUCACAGCAGCGGCAGAGGCGGCGGCUGCGAUUGUGGCGGACCGAGGGUGGGUGCAGCAGCAGCUGUCAGAGCAGGAGGAGAAGUUAAGGUGGAGAAUGGAGGCUUUGCAACGAAUGGCGAGUGUUUCCUUGGAGAAGGCGCAUAAGCAGGCUGAAGAGGGCGCUGCGAUUCUUGCAGCUGUGAAAGCAGCAGCAGGGGCUAGUGCAGGGGCGGAAAGGGGGGCAGCUGCAGGGGGAGCGGCAAUGGCUGGAACAGGGGAAGCGGCAGCUGAAGGGGAAGGGGCAGGGGCAGAGGCAGGAGAAGUGGCAGCGGCAGCAGCAGCAGUGGCGGACAGAGGGUGGGUGCAGCAGCAGCUGGCAGAGCAGGAGGUAAGGUUUGAAAGGCGCGUGCAGGGGAUGCAGCGGAUAGCAGAGUUUGGCGUCCAGCGGGUGGGACAGCUGGCGGUGCGGGCGGCAGAUUUCGACAGUAUGCUGAAGCAGGUCCAGGAGGUGAUGGCGGCGCUGGCUGCGCGAGUGCGGGGGCUGUUGGAGCAGCAGGUUGGGAGAAACGCGGAAAUAGAAGCGCUGGUGGGGUGGAAAGCGCGGAUUGAGGGGGUUUUGGAGCAGCAGGCGGGGAGAAACGCGGAGAUAGAUGCGCUAGUGGCACUGAAAGCGCGGGUGGAAGGGGUUUUGGAGCAGCAGGCGGAGUGGAAUGCGCGAAUUGAUGCAAUGAUGAAGGAGGUGGGGGCGAAGGACUUGUCAGCUCAGGUGGAGGAGCUGCCACGCAGCAAGUCCCAGGAGCAGCAAGCGCCUUGCGAGUCGACUCAGCAGGAGUAUGUCGAGUCAAUUCAGCAAGAGCUGCAGCCGCAGAGCACUCCUGAAACACCCCAGGACUUGACAGCGCAAGUGGAGGAGCUGCUACGUUCCCAGGCCCAGGAGCAGCAAGCGCAGCAAGAGCUGCAGCCGCAGAGCACUCCUGAAACACCCCAGGACUUGACAGCGCAAGUGGAGGAGCUGCUACGUGCCCAGGCCCAGGAGCAGCAAGCGCAGCAAGAGCUGCAGCCGCAGAGCACUCCUGAAACACCCCAGGACUUGACAGCGCAAGUGGAGGAGCUGCUACGUUCCCAGGCCCAGGAGCAGCAAGCGCAGCAAGAGCUGCAGCCGCAGAGCACUCCUGAAACACCCCAGGACUUGACAGCGCAAGUGGAGGAGCUGCUACGUGCCCAGGCCCAGGAGCAGCAAGCGCAGCAAGAGCUGCAGCCGCAGAGCACUCCUGAAACACCCCAGGACUUGACAGCGCAAGUGGAGGAGCUGCUACGUUCCCAGGCCCAGGAGCAGCAAGCGCAGCAAGAGCUGCAGCCGCAGAGCACUCCUGAAACACCCCAGGACUUGACAGCGCAAGUGGAGGAGCUGCUACGUGCCCAGGCCCAGGAGCAGCAAGCGCAGCAAGAGCUGCAGCCGCAGAGCACUCCUGAAACACCCCAGGACUUGACAGCGCAAGUGGAGGAGCUGCUACGUUCCCAGGCCCAGGAGCAGCAAGCACAGCAAGAGCUGCAGCCGCAGAGCACUCCUGAAACACCCCAGGACUUGACAGCGCAAGUGGAGGAGCUGCUACGUUCCCAGGCCCAGGAGCAGCAAGUGCAGCAAGAGCUGCAGCCGCAGAGCACUCCUGAAACACCCCAGGACUUGACAGCGCAAGUGGAGGAGCUGCUACGUGCCCAGGCCCAGGAGCAGCAGGCGCCUUCCCAGUCAACUGAUCAAGAGGUGCAGCAGCAGCUGCAGUUCACUCUUGAAACGCCACAGGACUUGUCAGCGCAAGUGGAGCUGCUGCGUGCCCAGGCCCAGGAGCAGCAGGCACAGCUGCUGCAGCUGCAGCUGUCCCUCGAGGAGAACGCCAAGCAGCUGGCUCUGCUUGAGAGGGCAUGCCGAGAGAAAGAGAAAGAAAAGGCCGGUGCUGCUGCUGUGACUGUUGAGGUGGGUUCAGAGGAGCAGGCGAAGCAGGAGGGUUUGGUGGAAAGGGAGUGUCUGGAAAAGGCCGGUGCUGCUGCUGUGACUCUUGGAGAGACUCCAGAGGAACAAGCGCGGCAAGUGGCUGUGUUGGAAAAAGCGUGCAAGGUGAUGGCCGACGCUGCUGCUGUUUUUGAGUCUACGGAGGUGUCAGCUAGGGGUUGUGAAGAGGGGGCGUGUCAGGAGAAAGCCAGUGCUGCUGUGACUGUUGAGUCGACUCCAGAGGAGCACGCGAGGCAAGUGGCUGUGUUGGAAAAGGCAUGUCAAGUAAUGACAGAUGCUGCUGCGGUUCUUGAGUCUAUGGAGGUGCCAGCUAGGGGUUGUGCGGAGAGUAGGGAGCGCAAGGAGAGAGCAGGCUCUCUUGAGUCGACAAGAGUGGGUGCUCUUGAGUCGACAAGAGUGGGUGCUCUUGAGUCGACACCGCAGGUGUCUGCUAGUGCUUGUGGAGAGGAGGCGGACAUUGCUGCUGCUGUUGUUUCAGAGUCAACACAGGUGUCAGUUUGUGCAUGUGAAGAGAGCAGGGAGUGUAUGGGGAGAGUGGAUGCUCUGGAGUUGACUCAGCAGCAGCAUGCCCAGCAGCUAGCUCUGCUGGAAAGGGUGUGCAGGGAGAAAGCAGAGGCUGCUGCGGCUGUUGAGCUGGCUCAGGAGCAGCACACGAGGCAGCUUGCUGUGCUUGAAAGAAUCUGUCGGGAGAAGGCAAACGCUGCUGCAACUCUUGAGCUGACGCAGAGGCAGCAUGCGAGGCAGUUGGCUGAUUUGGAAAGGAUGUGCAGAGAGAGGACGGAGAGUGAAGGUUCCUCCCUCCGCCACGCCACAGCUCUCCCCGGCUUGUCCGGCCUCCACCUUCGGGGAUGCACUGGGGUUACCACUGAAGGGGUGUUACAGAUCGGCCGGUUGACUUCCGUUGACUCGCUUGACCUGAGCUAUACUCCUGUAGGGGAUGCGGGGCUGAGGUGCCUCGAGCCGCUGGUGAUGCUGAGGGAGUUGGAUCUCAGCGAGUGUAACCUGGUAACCGACGUGAGUGUACAGUGGAUCGUGAAGCUGAAACGGCUAAGGAAAUUAGACCUGGGGGUGUGUCUGGGGAUCGGAGAGAGAGGGAUGGAGAGGGUGUGUCGCGAGAUGAGCUGGCUAGAGGAGCUAGGGCUUUCGGGGACGGCUUUGAAUGAUAGAGGCAUGGAGAGGAUUGGACAGAUGGGGGGGUUGAAGAGCCUGGAUGUGUCACAUACGAGAGUGACUGAUGAAGGAAUUGCGUGCCUGGUUGUGUCUGAGGCUCUGACUGUUGUGGGUUGCUCCCGACUCACCGACACCGCUCUGCACCACAUUGCACACCUCUCCCGCCUCCAAGCCCUCGACCUGAGCUUCACUCGAAUCACAGGGGAGGGUCUGGUGUCUCUUAAAGCCCUGUCUUCUUCUCUUAACGAGUUGGUUCUUAGUGGGUGUGAGCAGCUGGGGGUGGAAGACAAGGGGAAGGGGAGGAAGGGAGGGAAGGAGGGAGGGAAGGAGGGAGGGGAGGAGGGAGGGGAGGAAGCGGGUAAGGGCACGAUAAUGGAGCAGCUAGGGGCGUUUGCACAGGGAAGCUCGUGGUUUGGUUUCCUGCAGAUGGAGCAGCCACAUCUGGAUGCAGGCUUGGAGGCUAUAGGGAGGAUGAGUCGACUGCGAGUGCUGGAUAUCUCCGGUUCUGCUGUCACUGACGCUGCUCUAGUGCAUCUUUCUCAGCUAAGCGCCGGCAGUGCUGAUUCCCUUUCGUCUGUUGCUUCCACCAGUGCUAGCAACACUGGCAUGGAACACAUCGGGCAGAUUCGAACCCUUCGUCGCCUCGAUCUCUCCCAGUGCCCCGUGGGGAACCUAGGCUUGGCCCACCUCCGUCCCCUCGCCUCCUCCCUCACUUCCCUCAAUCUCUCCUGGUCGGGUGUGUCUGACGAGGGGUUGUGCCAGCUGGCGGGGUACGAUUGGCUGGAGGAGCUGCACCUGAGCGGCCCGAACGUGACCCCGCUCGGGCUGAGGCAGAUUCCGGAGUUCAUCCCGUAUCAAGCGGGGGACGAGGCGGCUGUGGAGCUAACCUUUGCUUGCGGGCUGGGCGCAGGGGGGCAGGCGCGCGCGGGGGGGGAAUUAGGCGCGCGGGGGCAGGCGCGUGCGGGGGGAGAGGUGGGUGGAGGCGGGUUGCCCCGGAGCCCUGUGCGCAAGUUUCGUGACGGCGCGGGGGAGAGGGGAGCGGCGGCGCUGCAGGCGCAAGGGAAGGCGGGAGAAGAGGCGCAAGGGGCGCGCGGGGCGCAGGCAGCGGGGGGAGCGCGGGGAGAGGGUGGGGCGCGGGGAGCGGAGGGGCGGUCGGAGGGGCGGGCGGAGGGGCUCGCAAGCCUAACGUUUCAGCAGUGGGACAGAAUCAAGGAGCGGGUUAUGGCGGGAGGGGAGGAGGCGGGGGAGGGGGAAGAUUCGGGGGAAGCGGGGGAGGCGGGGGAAUGUGAGGCAGGGGGGAUGGGGGAGGUUUGGAAUGAGGAGGAGGAGGAUCGGGUGGCGGAUGCCGAAGCUGCAGCCGCGGACCAAGCCGCGGAAAUCGCUGCCAGGGCUGAGCGACAGGCUCGGAUACAGCGGCUUCUGCUGGAGGUGAAUCUUCCGCGCCUGGCGCAGUGGGGGGGGAUGGGGGGAGCGGAACUCAGCAGUGGCGUGGGGAAGGCGCUUGCUAGCAGCGCCCCUGGGGGGUUUUUCAUGGGGGAAAGGGGGACGGGGGGAGGCGGCGGGGGGAAUGGGGGGGGGUAUAGCUCUGGAAGCGGGUCGUCUGGUGUGAGUAGCAGUAGCAGCAUAGAGGGGAGCGGGGACAGUGGGGGGAGGGCAGGCAGUGGGGGAGGCAGUGGGGGGAGCAGUGGGGGAGGCGGGGCAAAGAAGGAGAGCUCAUCGGUGCCUGUCACGCCAGCAGGAGGGCGAAUGGAUGGGGGAUACGUGGGAGGAGGGAUGAUGGUGCAUGGGGGAGGGGGAUAUGGUACAGGGGGAUAUGGGGGAGGUGGGGCAAUGGGGGAGAGCUCAUCUUUGCCUGUCACUCCUGCAGCAGGAGGGCGAAUGGAUGGGGUUUACCCAGGAGGAGGCAUGAUGGUGCAUGGGGGAGGGGGGUAUGGGGGAGAGGCGUAUGGGGGAGGGGGGUAUGGUGCGGGGGGGUUUGGGGGAGGUGCAUAUGGUGGGGGGCAGACAGUUAAUGCACGGGCACAGGCACGGGCACAGGCACAGGCGCAUGGGCAGGGCAAGAAGGGGUUUUUCUCGCUGCUCAAGGUGGGGCGAGGGGGGAAGAAGCUGGCAAAGUCGGAAUCAGCAGACGGCCGCCUGUGA